CAAAUCACGCAUAUAAUGUGACAUUGUUAUAACUCAUUGGCUAUGUUCUUCUAUAUACAAAUGGCCUUACACGACGGACUACCGUGUUCGCGGUAGCUACGAGGCGCUGUAUGCUUCGAAAGAAGUUCAUGAUCGCCGUCAGACACUUUCAAGUAAUAUGACAAAGCUCGUGCACUGGUUCGUACUCUGUUCAAUCACUGUGCUGCCGUUAUGACCCUUGACGGACCCUCGAUGCUACUAGAGGCGGUGGGUAUUUGAGUCGGCCAGGACAUUCCAAGAUCCCCAGACUCUCAGAAGGCACUCAUACAGACCGAUUUACUCGUCAAUCGAUUCGGGUCAGUAACUCAAUUCACUGUGCCAAAAUCUACGUUUGUCAACGUCUUGUUAGUGCUACCGACCAACCGACGACAUCUUCAUCUACAACCUUCGAAAUACUAGUCAUGGGCGGAGGACAGUCACAUCAGCCAGACUGGGAAGCAAUUCGACGUGCACAAGAGCAAGCUGAUGCUCAGGCUCGCGCCGCCGCUGAAGCUGCUCGUAAAAAAGCAGAACGUGCCGCUCAGGCAGCCCGCGCAGAGGCCGAACGGCUCAGGCGCGAGGCGGAAGCAGCACGACGACGAUUUGAGGCUGAACAAGCGGAGGCAGCUAGGAGAGCGCAAGCUGCUCGCGAUGAAGCUGAACGACAGCGCCGCGAGAUAGAAAAAGCCGAGCAGGCAGCACGUGCCGCCCGCGAGGCUGCAGAAGCACGGGCUCGCGAAGAAAGACAACGUGCCGAACAACUGGCACGAGAGGCUGAAGAAGAGAGGCACAGACAGCGAGCUGCUGAAGAAGCUGCUAGACAAGCUGCCAUCGCUGCUCAGCAAGAGCAUGAACGGCAACAGAGAGCCAGGGAAGAGGAAAACAGGAGACUCCAAGCCGAGAGAGAAGCAGCUGAGCGCGCUGCGCAGGUAGCCGCUGAACAAGCCAGGCAAGCUCAAGCUGCAAGAGAAGCAGCCGAGACACAAUUGCGAGAUGGCACCCGACCUGUGGUCACACCUACCCCCGAAGAAUAUUCUGCUUUCAGAGCUAAGAUACAGCAUACGGCGGGUUUCUUCCACGUCGCCAUCAGCGGGGUCGCUGGUAGCGGCAAGUCGUCACUGGUUAACGCGUUAAGGGGCAAGCAUAACAUGGAUCUUGAUGCUGCCGCGGUCGGCGUGAACGAGACCACGCUCGUGGUGGCCAGAUACCCUGAUCCAAACCCAUCCAACCGCUUCGUCUGGUACGAUGUUCCCGGAGCAGGUACCUUGAAGGUCCCCGAUUGGAAAUAUUUUAAUGAUCAAGGGCUCUUCGUCUUCGACUGCAUCAUCGUCGUGGUCAACAAUCGUUUCACUGCCACUGACGUCGCUCUCCUUUCCAAUGCUAGGCGCUUUGGUAUUCCCGCUUUCAUCGUCCGUUCUAAAGCGGAUCAACACAUCAGAAACCUUAUGAAAGAUAUUGGCUAUAACAGUGACGAUGAAGGCGGAAACAAGGCUAGUUACUUCGCGCGGGCGCGCGACCAAUACGUGGCAGAAACCACCCGUAGCAUCAAGACUAACCUCCAAGAGGCGAAGCUACCCGAUCAACCGGUCUAUCUCGUAUCGAACGUUGCUCUACAAGGAGCUGUCACUGGCAAGGUACCAAAGAAGAUGUUGGAUGAGGCCAAGCUGCUCACAGAUUUGGCGAGUACAGCUCAGAGAUGCGCGUAGGUGUUAUCAUACGUUUUGGACCUGCAGAUGUUGUCUGCCUUUUCAUUGUAUGAUUACCCAUACUCUCGAUACUAGUUUUUGUGCAGUUCGGUCGUAGAAGUGUUGGGACGGUGUGUGCUGACAUCAUGAUGUAUAAA